AUGCACCCCGACGAUAUAUCCUGGGAACAAGCCGAAGAAACACCCGACAACUGGCUCCUUCAAUUCCUCGACCUCGACAUCCUAAGACCGGUCGCAGACUUCAUCCUCAAACACAACAGAGACAAUACCACCGAAUUCGUCUCUUACAACAUCUCUCUACGGAUGAAGUACCGAAACGGUGCUACUGUUGUACGCUUCUCGCAACCCGGUGCUGUUUUUUGCCCCGAGGAGAAAGUCGUGAAUGAAGUUGCCGUGAUGCGGUUUCUCAUGGAUCAGACGUCCAUUCCUGUUCCAUUUAUCCUCCAUUCUGGUACGAAGAAGGGGAGUCCCCUUGAACUGAGCCCAUUCAUUAUGGUGGAUUAUAUCGAGCACGAGACGAAAAUGUACGAUGCUCUCAACAUAUCGGGGUGUCUGAAAGAGGAACGCGGAAUCUUGGACCCGAAUAUCGACCAGGACAGGCUUGGGAUACUGUAUGGGCAGAUGGCGGGUAUUCUGCUUUAG